CCUGGUGUCUCCGCCCCGCCCCGCCAUGAGGCCGGGCCCGGUGGCGGCGGCGCUCCGACGCGCUUGAGGGCGCCGCCGGCGGCGGGGCUGCGGCUGCUGCGCCGCCAAGAUGGCGUCGUGCGUGCUGGAGGCGCCGCUCCGCAUGAGCGUCCUCUCGGAAGUUACGGCCAGUAGCCGCCACUAUGUUGACAGAUUAUUUGACCUAGAUCCUCAGAAAGUUCUGCAAGGUGUCAUAGAUAUGAAAAAUGCUGUAAUUGGAAACAACAAACAAAAAGCCAACUUGAUUGUUUUGGGAGCAGUUCCAAGGUUGCUGUAUUUGCUUCAGCAAGAAACCUCCAGCACAGAACUGAGAACAGAAUGUGCAGUGGUCCUGGGAAGCCUUGCAAUGGGUACAGAGAAUAAUGUCAAAUCCCUACUAGACUGCCAUAUUAUUCCAGCCUUAUUGCAAGGAUUACUGUCGCCAGAUUUGAAGUUUAUUGAAGCUUGCCUACGAUGUCUCCGUACCAUUUUCAUUAGUCCUGUAACUCCAGAGGAUCUACUAUACGCUGAUGCUACAGUUAUCUCCCACCUCAUGGCACUGCUCAGUAGGUCUCGAUAUACACAGGAAUACAUAUGUCAGAUCUUCUCACAUUGCUGCAAACUUCAACACUGGCAUAGCUGCGGCUUUAAAUCAUUGCCUCAGCCACUUCUGUGUGCCAAUGGUCCAGAUCACCAGACAAUCUUGUUUAACCAUGGAGCAGUUCAGAAUAUCGCACAUCUGUUAGUCUCCACCUCCUACAAAGUUCGAAUGCAAGCCUUGAAAUGCUUCUCAGUUCUAGCCUUUGAAAACCCACAAGUAUCAAUGACGCUCGUAAAUGUGUCGGUUGAUGGAGAAUUGUUACCGCAGAUUUUUGUGAAGAUGUUACAAAGGGACAAGCCUAUUGAAAUGCAGCUGACAUCAGCCAAAUGCCUUACUUCCAUGUGCAGAGCUGGAGCAAUACGGACAGAUGAUUCUUGCAUUGUUCUUAAGACUCUGCCAUGUUUGGUUCGAAUGUGUAGCAAGGAGAGACUGCUGGAGGAGCGAGUAGAAGGAGCAGAAACUCUGGCUUAUUUGAUUGAAACAGAUGUGGAGCUACAGAGAAUUGCCAGCAUUACUGACCACCUCAUUGUCAUGCUUGCUGAUUACUUCAAGUAUCCCAGUUCAGUGAGUGCAAUCACUGAUAUCAAGAGGCUUGACCAUGAUUUGAAGCAUGCCCACGAACUGCGCCAGGCUGCUUUCAAGCUGUAUGCUUCUCUUGGAGCAAAUGAUGAAGAUAUUCGGAAAAAGAUCAUUGAGACUGAAAACAUGAUGGACCGUAUAGUGAAUGGCUUAUCUGAAUCUAGUAUCAAGGUGCGAUUAGCUGCAGUCAGAUGUUUGCACAGUUUGUCCCGUUCUGUACAGCAGCUCAGGACAAGUUUUCAGGAUCAUGCUGUAUGGAAACCUUUAAUGAAGGUUUUACAGAAUGCUCCAAAUGAAAUGCUGGUAGUAGCAUCUUCCACGCUAUGCAAUCUUCUUCUGGAAUUCUCUCCAAGCAAAGAGCCUAUUUUAGAAUCAGGAGCCAUAGAACUUCUAUGUAGUUUAACACAGAGUGAAAAUCUCGCCUUGCGAGUGAACGGCAUUUGGGCUUUAAUGAAUAUGGCGUUUCAAGCAGAACAGAAGAUCAAAUCAGACAUCUUACGAGGUCUGAGUACAGAGCAGUUAUUCCAGUUACUUUCUGAUUCUGAUGUAAAUGUUCUGAUGAAAACUUUGGGACUGCUCAGGAAUCUUCUUUCUACUCGCCCACACAUAGACCAUAUAAUGAGCACUCAUGGGAAACAGAUCAUGCAAGCAGUCACCCUUAUUCUGGAAGGGGAGCACAAUAUAGAAGUCAAAGAGCAGACAUUAUGUAUACUUGCCAAUAUAGCAGAUGGAACAACAGCAAAAGAACUGAUUAUGACCAAUGACGACAUCCUGCAGAAAAUCAAAUACUACAUGAGUCAUUCAAAUGCUAAACUUCAGCUUGCUGCCAUGUUCUGUAUAUCUAAUCUCAUAUGGAAUGAAGAAGAAGGUUCACAAGAGAGGCAAGAUAAACUACGAGACAUGGGAAUAGUAGAUAUUCUACAUAAAUUGAGUCAGUCAUCAGAUCCAAAUCUGUGUGACAAGGCGAAGACAGCACUCCAGCAGUAUCUUGCAUGAUCAAAGACUAAUUGAAUCUAUGGACACCCCUCAUGUCUACUUAAGGAAUAGCAGGAGAUAUUCCUGACUCCUUAUAUUUGCACAAGUCACCUUGGGCUGCAUUUUUCUCAGGUGCAGGGAGCUGCUUUGCAGAAACAGUUUAAAUGAUCAGGUCUCCAGUGCACUUGAGAAUUUUUUUUGAGGUAGUUUCUUUACUCAGAGGACUCUUGGGGGGUUGUUUUGUUCUUUUUUGUUUGUUUGUUUGUUUUUUGUUUUGUUUUUUCCUGAGCUACCUGGACUUUCGAAUAGAACAAUCAGUCGUCAUUUUCCUUUUGGGCCUACAAUUUUCUGCUUUUGCUGCAGCCUGUGUGUGUGGGGGUGUGUUUGAGUGUGUGUGUGCACUUGGAUGAAUGUGUGUGCGUGUGAUACCUCAGUUUUGUUUUUCCUUUUUUGUGUGAAAAUCUUUUUCUACAGGUUUUCAAGGGUUGACCAUUGUUUGCUGUACGAAUACUUCAGUGAAUUAUAUACAGUUUGAAUGAAAUGUUAUUUAAAAAAAAACUGUUGUAUCCCAUAAAGUUUAUUUUGAAUUUUGAACAGAUGAAUGUUUUUAAGUAAAAUAUAUGCAUUUCUGAACUUCAGCUUAACUUAAAUUAUACUUCCUUUCUAAAGAGGAAAAUAGAGGGAGACAGUAGACCCCAAAUUACAAGCAGCACAUUCUGUAUUGACAAGUUCCAAGAGUUAACAUUUUGCUGUCAUACAAGGUCACUUGGUACUGAUGACAUACUCAAAUCAAUGGAAUGGGUCAGCUGGAUUGUUUUAGGUUCUGUACAUUUUUUAGAAGGCUCAGACUUUAGAGUUAGCAUGACUGACUUUUCUGGAAAGGAACAGGUGGCUGCAAUAUCAGCAUGCAUAAGCUAUUGCUUUAGAAGCCAAGAAUUUGCUCGGAUAAUUGUGGAAGGGUUAGCUUAUUUCACUGGUGAUAAGUAUUUGCUGAACACUGAUAUCAAUAGAGUGAACAGCAUCUUGCAAAAGCUAUGCUUUCAAGAGACCAGAAGAAGCUGGCAAUCAGUGAUUAAGGGAUUGCUUUUGUUUUGCAUCCUUUACCUCCAGACAUAGUUAAGUGACUUACAAAUUAUUUCCAUUAACAGGUGCAUUAAGGUGGGGAAAGGAAUGGAAAAAAUACUUUUUUUUUUCUUUUUACUCAGUCAAGUUGCUAUAAAUUUUGUGUAUAUAUGCAGAUAUACACACUUGCAUGGAUUUGGAUACCUAGAUUAUAAGCGAGGGGAUUUUACUACAUUCAGAAGCUAGAUUGUCCAUAAGUUGCUGAAAUUGUGCCUGUAUGUGUGGAGAAAAAUUGUGAGUACAAAUGAAGAAGACAUUGUAAGGUUAGGCUGGAAUGCAAGACCCACCCAGUGGCGGCAGGAGUCAGAUAUGCAUAGAAACAAGUGAGAGCAACAAGGUGCUCUCCUUCACGCAGUUCUUGCUUUCUUCCCGUGUCUACUUCUGAUUUCAGUUUAGACUAUAGUUUUAAUAGUCAUAAUCUCCAAACACUAUAUUUAUGUAGCACUAACAGGCACACUAAAGAUUGCAGCCUAUGUCUUAAACCAAAUCUUUCUUGUGUUACAUUGAGCUUCAGGAAGGCUGCAGCAAGAAGAGAGGUCUGUAACUUGGCUAACCAAUUUUGAUAAGUAUCUUAGUCUUUAAUCCUAAUCAGAUGGUCAAACUGUGAUAGCCUUACUUUUUUUCCAAGGUAACUACUUGUGUCAAAAAACGUGACCACAGUUUGGCCUGGAAUUUGAAUGUGCUGUGUAUCAGAUAACUUACCACAUGAUUGCAGAGGAGAUGCAUACAUUUCAUGUAAUUUCUUCCACUCCUGAAAGACAAAUAAAAGUAAGCACCUGACACUUUUUCCCCAGGCAUUGCAGUAAGCGACUGGCAGUUUAUGUCCUUCUGCAGAUUUUUUGUGAUGGACUUUGGGGGCUGAACAAAAAGAAAGGUGAAAAUAUGUGAGAACUUGAUAAAUAUCAGUACCUCAGAAAUGAAGUCUUAUUUAUAAGAAUCAAAUACAUUUUUUUUGCUUGAACUAAAAAAGUUCUGAGGCAGGUAUUACAAAUGCAAAACUUCAGUGUGCAUCUGGCUUCUGAAUUCACACUCCUGCUAUGUACGUUUAAGAACUCAAGUUCUUACAUACCUCUUUUUCCCCUCCUCCUCCAUUCACGUUUCUAAAAUCAAAUCUAAGUUGGAUGCUAUAAAAAUUCGGUGCCUAAAAGUGUUCAGAAAAAAGGUGAGUAAAAUAUCUAUGUACAUCUUUGAGGUUGUUUCCUAAAAUUCUACCAGAAAAGCUUAUAUAUAUAUAUAUAUAAAAAAAAAAAGUAAAAAUAAUAAAAAUGCUCAGACAAUCUCGUUGCUGCAUGAGAACAGUUAACAUUUUCCACAGGUGUGAAGUUGAUAGGACAAACUGUCGGAUGAGAACAUUUUUACAUUCAGUUAAGCUUUGUGAAUAAUUUUUGAUGUUGCUAUAGGUAUGUACAAAAAGAAGAAAAUGAAUACUGUAAAUAAAAAGAACUUUACCAGAA